GCACAUCUGCCCCGUCGCGACUCACAGUUUCCCAGGAAGUUUACCCAGGCGGCAGCGUGCAGGUCUGGUCCGAUUACCUCAACGUGCACUUGCAUCCCAAGAGCAUCUAUGUCAUCCAUCAGUACAUGCACGAUGGGGACUGUGAUUGUCUAGAAGCCUUCGGGCAAGGCGAAACUCUUCUGCAGGAUCCUGGCUGCAUAGAGGAGCUGGAAGAUCGGUUGCACUUCUACGUUGAAGAGUGCGAUUAUCUACAGGGAUUUCAAGUCCUCUGUGACCUACACAAUGGAUUCUCUGGAGUUGGUGCCAAGGUGACAGAGCUGCUGUACGAUGAGUAUUCGGGAAAAGGAAUCCUGACCUGGGGCUUGACUCCAGCCACGAGCAACGUGGGAGAUUCUCGGAAGAAUUUUUGCAGAUUGAUGAACACAGCCCUAGGAAUUGUCCAUCUUUCCCGUCACAGCUCGCUCCUUUGCCCCCUGUCGCUCAGUGGGAGUUUAGGAAUCAAGCCACAGCCUCCUGUUACAUUUCCGUAUAUCAGCUAUGAUGCAUCCCUUAACUACCACAGCAGCGCGAUCUUGGCGGCAGCACUCGACACCCUCACUGCUCCGUACCGGCUCCGUUCCUCUCGGGGCUCCAUGAUGCACCUUGCUGAGACACUGAACUUCUCCGGGCGAAAGGUGGUGGCUGCGUGGGCAUCUGUUCCCUUUCCUGCCCUGCGCGGCUCCUCGCUCCCCGAUGCUUUAUGUGCCUACCAGCAGGACGUGCCCUGGCAGCUUCUGUCUUCAUGUAGGGAGCAAAAGGCUGGCCCCUGUUUUGCUCAGUCUGUUGUGCUACGAGGAAUUCGCAAAGGAAGUCACGUCAGCUGUCCCGGAAAGCAGCCCGCUUCUCCACUGCAUACUUGUGAGAGCACGGAGCAGGUUCUGCAGCGUUACUUGCACACUCUGUUUCCUGGGGCAUUGAGCACCUCCCACGUGCUUGCGCAGCCCUGUAACACCCUACCUCCGUACCCCCAGUUUUUUUCUCCUCUUCUGACCAGACAAGGCUUCCUCCUGGAUGAACCUCCCAGUUCCUUGGCAGCAGCUGUUGAAAGCAUCCCUGUCCUGGCAGCCCUGCAGUCCUCACCAGUUCUGCACACGCUCCUCUACAGCUUGUACAGGGACCUGCAGAAACCCAACACGCGUCGGCUGGCCAGCUUCUUCUCUGCUGGCGUUGAGCAGGAUGACUUCCAGGAGGCCUUAGAGGAGCUGAGAACUCUGUCACAGUGCUAUGACACGGGGUCUGAGGCAGAUGAAUCUGAAGAUGAAGCAGAUUCAGACUAA